GUCAUUUUGUCAACACAACAAAAAAAUAUAUAUUUUGACAUUUCGUAUCCACGUUUUCGUCGGGGUAGUGUAUAUUUUAUUCUUUUUCGUCUAAGUUCUUAGGUUUACGAUGACUGCCGACGAAGAGAGCAGUGAUAAUGAAAGCCACACCGAGGAAGAGAAACCACAGGAGGAUACCGUUAAUGAGGAUAAUGAAGACGACAACGUGACUUUCAAAGACUUGGGGGUAGUAGAUGUACUGUGCGAGGCAUGUGAAGAAUUAAAAUGGAAGAAACCAUCGAAAAUCCAGAAGGAGUCUAUACCGGUAGCUCUGCAGGGGAAGGACAUCAUAGGCCUUGCGGAGACAGGGUCGGGCAAGACUGGCGCGUUUGCACUGCCCAUACUACAGGCCCUGCUUGAAAACCCGCAGAGAUACUUCGCGCUCAUACUGACACCUACAAGAGAAUUGGCAUUCCAGAUUUCAGAACAGUUUGAGGCACUCGGUGCCAGCAUAGGAGUGAAAUGUGCAGUAAUAGUGGGUGGCAUGGACAUGGUGGCGCAGGCACUCACACUAUCCAAGAAGCCCCACAUCAUCAUAGCCACACCAGGCAGGCUCGUGGAUCACCUGGAAAACACCAAGGGAUUCAACUUAAAAGCUCUGAAGUAUCUUGUAAUGGACGAAGCAGAUCGCAUCCUCAACAUGGACUUUGAAGUGGAAGUGGAUAAGAUCCUGCGCGUGAUCCCGCGCGAGCGCCGCACAUAUUUGUUUUCGGCCACAAUGACCAAAAAGGUUCAGAAGUUGCAACGAGCCUCGCUCCAGGAUCCAGUCAAGGUGGAGGUGUCCACCAAAUAUCAAACUGUUGAGAAGCUGUUGCAGUACUAUAUCUUCAUACCUGUUAAAUAUAAAGAUGUAUACCUUGUCCACAUCCUGAAUGAGAUGGCAGGCAACACAUUCAUAGUGUUUGUGGCAACAUGCGCGGGCGCACUCCGGUGCGCGCUGCUCCUGCGCAACCUAGGUCUAUCGGCGGUACCGCUGCACGGGCAGAUGUCGCAGAACAAGCGCCUCGCCGCGCUCAACAAGUUCAAGAACAAGAGUCGCUCUGUCCUGAUUUGUACCGAUGUCGCUUCCAGAGGUCUAGACAUUCCUCACGUGGACGUGGUGAUAAACCUAGACAUCCCGCUGCACAGUAAGGACUACAUCCAUCGCGUGGGACGAACUGCGCGCGCUGGACGAGCCGGGAAAGCUAUCACUUUUGUGUCACAGUAUGACGUGGAGCUGUACCAGCGCAUAGAGCAGUUAAUCGGCAAACAACUGCCGCUGUACAAGACGGAGGAAAGUGAGGUCAUGGUGCUGCAGGAGAGGGUCGCAGAGGCACAACGACUCACUAAAAUUGAAAUGAAAGAGUUAGAAGACAAAAAGAGUAUGAAAGGCAAGAAACGCGGCGCAGACUCCGACGACGACACCGAGGAGGCCGCCGGCGUGCGACGCAGGAUCAAGGGCAAGCCCGGCAAGCAUGGCGGAAAGAAGAAGAAACGAUGAAUACACUUUAUAGCUAAU